AUGUCCCUCGCUGAUUCACGCCAUGCGCCAGGUUCUGAUCGCUCGCAUGCCCCCCUGAUCAACGACUUGCCCGCAGAGCUGCUGUCGUCGAUUUUCGAGUGGUAUAUGUUCCCGGGAGAGCCUGGCUUUUUUGGCGAUUAUUUUCCAGAGGUGCCGCUCGUGGUCUCUCACGUGUGCAGACUAUGGCGCGAAACCGCCCUUGAUCUGCCCUUCAUGUGGCGCCGCAUCCUCGUCAAGACCUGCCAGAACGAAGGCCGCUACCUUCUCGCCCAGAUGUUCUUGCAGCGUACCAAAGACCAGACUAUCGCGCUAUGCUACUCCGAGACAGGGUGCAAAAAGGAUCAUCGAGGGAAGCCCUGUACGGCCGCCAUCGAGUUCGUCAUCCGCAACAUAGGGCAGUUGCACUCUCUCAUCCUCGAGGACAUCGAAGGCGAGACCCUUUCUUGCCUGUCCAAGAUUCCCGGUGAUGCCGCAUCUCGCCUGUCGUGUCUCGUCGUCACAGUUGAUUGGCGAUGCCAGGCCUUUCCGCCGGUGACCAUGCAGGCUGCGCUCUCUCCCCUCUACCGCGCACCAUCGCUGCGCAUCCUCGACUGGGGACUGCAUACACUCGAAAAAGAUAUUCUUUGGGGGCAACUGACGCGGGUGGAAACGACGAUCUCCUCUAUCGACGUCAAGGACUUCUUGCAUAUUCUCGCUUGCGGGAAGGUCCUUCAGUCCGUCAGGGUGUAUCUCGAGAACCCCCGGCAGAUGGACGAGGCGGUCCAAGUCUCGACAGCGCGCUAUGCGCCUGUUGAGAAUGUCACAAUCAGGGAAAUGGAUCUAGAGUGUGAUGGGCCGCAGGACGACCUCUUUCGCGCUCUCCGUCUUCCGAAUCUGACGCGCCUAGCGCUCUCUCCCCUGAGUGAAUCCGACGGGAUGAGAGUGCUAUUCAACGACUUUCAGGUCUUUUCUGACUUCCUGGGUCGUGUCAGAGGUGGACUCCAGGAAUUUGCCCUUGACUACGCCCACGAUCAACUCGAAGAUAUGGUCCGCAUCCAAAUAUUUGGCCUUCCACAGAUGUCGACGCUGCUCAAUCUGCGCAUAAGGGAAACAGCAGGAGGUGCAGGGGACGACUUCUUUAAGGCUCUCACGAUUGACUCGCGUGGGUCGGCUCCGCUGCUACCUCGCCUCACGAGUCUCCGGACGAGUGCUUGCACAACGACGGACGGUGUUAUCUCGCGGAUGCUUCAGUCUCGCCACACGCACCGCUAUCCUCUGCGCAACAUUUUUCUUGGAUACCCCUGCGGCACUGCUGUUCCCCAGCCUAGGGAUGCCGCGGCGUACGACACGCUGAGUGCCAUGGGAUGGGAGAUCGGGAUAGAAGAGCUUCCCAUGCCCUUUUCAUGGUCAGAUCAAGAGUCAGUUUGGGAGUGA